ACAGCCACGAUGCCAGACAACCCUGAGUCACUUUCAUCACAAUUCUAUUCCAAGCAAAACCACCUUACUAGUCCUGACACCAAAAUUCCCAUGCAAGUUAAGCCAUUGCCGUCGUCAAUUUCGAACGAUGUCAAGCUCGAUGUGCCACAAGCCGGUGGAACAAUGCAUGUCCAAUCUGGCGCUGCUGUCCCGGUUGCCUUGACCAUCGAACCGAAUGACUCCCUCAAUGUCAAGGAGGCACCUUUGUCUUCACCACCUCCACCCGAAGCCAACACUAUCGAGCCGAUUAUUCCUUCUGGCACCGGGUCAAUGGAAGAUACCUCGGUCGAUACUACCUCGCUUUCAGAGUUCAUGCUGUUUCCACUUAGGCUGAACAUCUGGAAGUAAGCUCUCCGCCCACGGAUUAUGGAAAUAGAAUAUUGCCAUAGCUUGAGAGAUGAGCAAUAUCCCUCAAGCACAUGACCACUUGUCCACCUCUUCCUCGACCUCGAGUUUCGCCAGCGAGCAAGACUCAAUUCCGGAUAUAACCUCUCCGAACUCAGCCACCCGACAGGAGUCUAACGAGCUUCCGCGAGAUCUCGAAACCCUCCCCUCCCCCCGCCCAGACACCAUGCAAGAACAGGGAACCAUGUCCGUUGCGUCCUCUCCAAGUCGCGUCGAACAAUCACAAGAGACGACCCAGCUUACCGCGGCUCUCGGCACUUUCACCUUCUUCCCGAAGUUACCUAUCGAGAUCCGACUCAUGAUCUGGCCCUAUAACUUUCCGCGAGGACGCGAGGUCAAUUUUGGCAACGAGCUCACGUUUAAUGCUAAUUGGACCGCCGUCAUGAGCUGCAUCUUCCAAUUCGAAGAGCCAUCUCCACUUUCUAUUGCACUCCGAGUCAACAGAGAGUCCCGCCAAGAGACGCUGAAGCAUUACACCAUCCUGUUUCGAGGUGAUAGUCAGAUUGCUGCAGGACAAACAAAGCCAGUCCAGAGACCGUUCUGCUACAAUCCGAAACUUGACACUGCUUGGAUCAACCCCCUUGCACUACAACUGAUCUGCUGGGACGGAGCCGCCUUUGUGCCUGACCCUUGGUUGCCUUACCUUGCUUCCGCAGCACCUUCAGUCUUCCCUAACACACGAAUACUCGAUAUUCGGGGUUGGUACAAGAUGUGGCCCUCAGUAGUUCAACUAGGACGGGCGCCUCUGUUUUAUGCUGCUUUUAUUGGCGAGAUCCAUUGCACUGUCCCAGUUGACCACUUAGCAAAGCCACUUCACCAGUAUCUAAGUCCACAAUUGGAACCCCUUCUGCAGUUUCGGGGCUCGGAGGAAUUGAAAUUGAUCCCAUAUCGCAAUAACGGAAGCGCCUUCAGUUAUGCGUUCACACACAUUCUGAAUGGGCAAUCGGAGAAGCGGUAUUUGCAGGGCGUCAAGGAGUUUCUGGUGGUACACAAGGACAAUUUUGGUGGAAAGUCUCCGGUUCUGACAAUUGCGGAGCAGGAAGGAUAAGAGGGUCAUGGGGAUGUACUGUGGUUGGCUAGGAGGUUCUUGCGAGACCGUAG